CAGCACAUCGGUGGUGACCAUGGAGAUGGACAGACAACAGCACUCCUCCCCAGAGGGACAGAAGGUACUGUGGCCCCCCUCCUCAUGACUCACAUUUAGGGCAUUGUUACUCUGCCCAGCUCUCGCUCUACUCUCACUAUCUCUGCCAAAGCAUGUCUGGCAAAGCCAUCCAGGGGACUACCAACAAAAUGGGGUGGUUUUAUGCUGCUGCUGGUGAAAAGUUCAUGUUGUGACAUUUGAUCCUUACAACACUCUGUUAUUAUACACAGAACAUUUAAUCUGAUUAACUUUAUUGUGAAUGUGAUUUUACUUUAGGCUAGUAUAACAAUCUUCAAAACAUGUUUCUCUUGUUUCAACUGUGUGAACAAGGACAUCAGAUCAGUGCUGUUAUUGUCAUACUCUACGGGGUGUAUCAGUUUUUCAUGCAGCAUCACUCAGACAUAAUUCUGUAUCUAUGUACUCAGCAAAAAUGGCCUGCAACCUGUGUCCCCAGAUCCUCUGUGUUAAUGAUCUUAUCUGUUCUCUUCUCGCUCGCUCUCUCUCCCCACCAGUCCCCCGCGCUUAGGCACUUCUCUUCUGCGGAUCCCCUAAAAACAUAUGAAAACAGGCCAAAUACAAAUAAUCACAUACGGGCUCUAAACCAACUAGGAAGUGGUAAGAGGCUAAGGUAUGACAUAUCACUGUUGCAAGUAUCUCUUCAGUCCAAGUUGGAAUGUUUUGCUGACAAUUGCAAAUAUCACAAUGAACCAGUACAACCUGUUUAUAGCAAAACCGUAAUGUCGUUCCUCUGCUUCCUCGACUACAGUGAAAUCCCAAACACCGUAGCAUCGAUGUCACGGAUGCCUAACAGAACUGACUAUUUAAUAGUCAGCCCAACACAGUCUCAAGGAGUUGUUCUACAGGGGAGACCAUUUCAGCACACCCACAAUGUUCCUGCUGCAAUGAGGAAACCUGUCCAAAGGUACGAGUCCUCACUGAAGUCACACUGUAAUCGUACUGCAUAACAUAGCAUUGAGAGCUACAGAAUGGUUUCAUUUGACAAAAUGCUUUCUUUCUCAAAGUAGUUGGUUGUCGAUCGAAGAGACAUGUUACUCACUUUAUUUAGGCGAUUUGAUAAAUUAAGUUUGGCGAAUUGACAUCAAGUAGGAAGUGCAACCCAUUUAAUCAUUGUGAUAAACUAUUAUUGCGUUAGACUUGAUUGUAUUGGUAAAGUAAUGUAGUAGGUAGUUUAGUGUUAGCACACAGUUAAGCCGGGUGUACACUACACAAUUUUGGCCCCGAUUUACCUGUACCAGACGACAAGUUUUUAAGAUCAGAGACAAAAUCCCCAUGUUGUUGUCCACUCCGGGCGCGGCCGUCACCGACGAUCGUUUAAUGUGAGUGGGUCAGAGACGCAGUUUUUUUAAAAUUAUUUUUUAUUUUAUUUUUCUUAGGGGGUAGAUCAGCUUAAUAUUGCAGAUAGAUUGUAACUUCCAUCAAUGUAAUUGUCUGCAUCACUUCCAAUCCCCCAUGUUUUUAUAUAUAUACAUAUAUACAUACACACACACACACACACACAGUGGGGAGAACAAGUAUUUGAUACACUGCCGAUUUUGCAGGUUUUCCUACUUACAAAGCAUGUAGAGGUCUGUAAUUUUUAUCAUAGGUACACUUCAACUGUGAGAGACGGAAUCUAAAACAAAAAUCCAGAAAAUCACAUUGUAUGAUUUUUAAGUAAUUAAUUUGCAAUUUAUUGCAUGACAUAAGUAUUUGAUCACCUACCAACCAGUAAGAAUUCCGGGCUCUCACAGACCUGUUAGUUUUUCUUUAAGAAGCCCUCAUGUUCUCCACUCAUUACCUGUAUUAACUGCACCUGUUUGAACUCGUUACCUGUAUAAAAGACACCUGUCCACACACUCAAUCAAACAGACACCAACCUCUCCACAAUGGCCAAGACCAGAGAGCUGUGUAAUGACAUCAGGGAUAAAAUUGUAGAACUGCACAAGGCUGGGAUGGGCUACAGGACAAUAGGCAAGCAGCUUGGUGAGAAGGCAACAACUGUUGGCGCAAUUAUUAGAAAAUGGAAGAAGUUCAAGAUGAUGGUCAAUCAUCCUCGGUCUGGGGCUCCAUGCAAGAUCUCACCUCGUGGGGCAUCAAUGAUCAUGAGGAAGGUGAGGGAUCAGCCCAGAACUACAUGGCAGGACCUGGUCAAUGACCUGAAGAGAGCUGGGACCACAGUCUCAAAGAAAACCAUUAGUAACACACUACGCCAUGGAUUAAAAUCCUGCAGCGCACGCAAGGUCCCCCUGCUCAAGCCAGCGCAUGUCCAGGCCCGUCUGAAGUUUGCCAAUGACCAUCUGGAUGAUCCAGAGGAGGAAUGGGAGAAGGUCAUGUGGUCUGAUGAGACAAAAAUAGAGCUUUUUGGUCUAAACUCCACUCGCCGUGUUUGGAGGAAGAAGAAGGAUGAGUACAACCCCAAGAACACCAUCCCAACCGUGAAGCAUGGAGGUGGAAACAUCAUUCUUUGGGGAUGCUUUUCUGCAAAGGGGACAGGACAACUGCACCGUAUUGAGGGGAGGAUGGAUGGGGCCAUGUAUCGCGAGAUCUUGGCCAACAACCUCCUUCCCUCAGUAAGAGCAUUGAAGAUGGGUCGUGGCUGGCUCUUCCAGCAUGACAACGACCCGAAACACACAGCCAGGGCAACUAAGGAGUGGCUCCGUAAGAAGCAUCUCAAGGUCCUGGAGUGGCCUAGCCAGUCUCCAGACCUGAACCCAAUAGAAAAUCUUUGGAGGGAGCUGAAAGUCCGUAUUGCCCAGCGACAGCCCCGAAACCUGAAGGAUCUGGAGAAGGUCUGUAUGGAGGAGUGGGCCAAAAUCCCUGCUGCAGUGUGUGCAAACCUGGUCAAGACCUACAGGAAACGUAUGAUCUCUAUAAUUGCAAACAAAGGUUUCUGUACCAAAUAUUAAGCUCUGCUUCUCUGAUGUAUCAAAUACUUAUGUCAUGCAAUAAAAUGCAAAUUAAUUACUUAAAAAUCAUACAAUGUGAUUUUCUGGAUUUUUGUUUUAGAUUUCGUCUCCCACAGUUGAAGUGUACCUAUGAUAAAAAUUACAGACCUCUACAUGCUUUGUAAGUAGGAAAACCUGCAAAAUCGGCAGUGUAUCAAAUACUUGUUCUCCCCACUGUACAUACACACACACACACAUCCUUUAAAAAAAUAUAUAUUCCCCUUUAUUACUUUCCAACCCCACCACCCUUUCCCUAAUUGGAGUAAACUAGUGAACAACAAUGCUUAGGCCUCUACUUCCAGCUUAUACUUAGUAUAUACAUUUUAUGGACACAGUCAAUUUUACAAUAAUUAUAUUUUGUUCGUUUUUUCUCCUGAACUACUUCUUUAAUUUUGGCCCCGAUUUACCUGUCCCAGACAAUUUUUUAAGAUCAGAGACAAAAUCCCCAUGUUGUUGUCCACUCCGGGCGCGGCCGUCACCGACGCUCGUUUAAUGUGAGUGGGUCAGAGACACAGUUUGAGGACUACUGAUCUCGUCUUUGAGCAGUCCCAGACGUCCCGAUAUUUUCAGACGUUUGAUUUUAUCGGCACAAAAUCUGCAAUGCUUUUGUAGUGUGAGAUGUGCAACGACAAGUUUUGAGAACAGUGAUCAGCAAUAGCCAAUGAGAGCUGGCCAGAGAAGAAGCCAGUGAGACGUUGUUUCCCAUCACCAAGAAUGUGUAGACUCGAGAUGGAGCGAUGACCACUAUUAGUAUGCGUUUGUACUUGCCUUUAACCAAAGCCAAAGUGUCAAAUCGUUACAGCUCUGAAGUGCUCAAGCAAUGUUAUUAAAUUCAAAAUGUUGGCUAGAACAUUUCAACUCUGUAGGGCAAGCGUGAAUGUCUGACUGAAAACGUUUGAGGCUGCUUUGAGCCACAGCUCAUUGUAGCUACGUUAAAUCUAAUCACAUUGUUUUCACAAAACAGCAUGGUAUGGAGAAUCCUCACGACCAAGUGAAGAAUCUUGUCAAAUAAAAUAACAUGUUAUUGGUUGCAUACACAUAUAUAGCAGAUGUUAUUGCGGGUGUAGUGAAAUGCUUGUGUUCCUAGCUCCAACAGUGCAGUAAUAUCUAACAAUACACAACAAUACACACAAAUCUAAAAAGUAAAAGAGUGGAAUUUAGAAAUAUUAGGACGAGCAAUGUCAGAGUCCGGAGUGUAUGUAUAGUCGUGGUCAAAAGUUUUGAGAAUGACACAAAUACAAAUUUUCACAAAGUCUGCUGCCUCAGUUUUGAUGAUGGCAAUUUGCAUAUAUUCCAGAAUGUCAUGAAGAGUGAUCAGAUGAAUUGCAAUUAAUUGCAAAGUCCGUCUUUGCCAUGAAAAAAUAAAUAAAACAUUUCCACUGCAUUUCAGCCCUGCCACAAAAGGACCAGCUGCCAUCAUGUCAGUGAUUCUCUCAUUAACACAGGUGAGAGUGUUGACAAGGACAAGGCUGGAGAUCACUCUGUCAUGCUGAUUGAGUUAGAAUAACAGACUGGAAGCUUUAAAAGGAGGGUGGUGCUUGAAAUCAUUGUUCUUCCUCUGUUAACCAUGGUUACCUGCAAGGAAACACGAGCCGUCAUCAUUGCAUUGCACAAAAAGGGCUUCACAGGCAAGGAUAAACCUAAAUCAACCAUUUAUCAGAUCAUCAAGAACUUCAAGGAGACAGGUUCAAUUGUUGUGAAGAAGGUGUCAGGGCGCCCAAGAAAGUCCAGCAAGCGCCAGGACCGUCUCCUAAAGUUGAUUCAGCUGCGGGAUCAGGGCACCACCAGUGCAGAGCUUUCUCAGGAAUGGCAGCAGGCAGGUGUGAGUGCAUCUGCACACACAGUGAGGCGAAGACUUUUGGAGGAUGGCCUGGUGUCAAGAAAGGCAGCAAAGAAGCCACUUCUCUCCAGGAAAAACAUCAGGGACAGACUGAUAUUCUGCAAAAGGUACAGGGAUUGGACUGCUGAGGACUGGGGUAAAGUCAUUUUCUCUGAUGAAUCCCCUUUCCGAUUGUUUGGGGCAUCCGGAAAACACCUUGUCCGGAGAAGACAAGGUGAGUGCUACCAUCAGUCCUGUGUCAUGCCAACAGUAAAGCAUUCUGAGACCAUUCAUGUGUGGGGUUGCUUCUCAGCCAAGGGAGUGGGCUCACUCACAUUUUUGCCUAAGAACACAGCCAUGAAUAAAGAAUGGUACCAACACAUCCUCCGAGAGCAACUUCUCCCAACCAUCCAAGAACAGUUUGGUGACGACCAAUGCCUUUUCCAGCAUGAUGGAGCACCUUGUCAUAAGGCAAAAGUGAUAACUAAGUGGCUCUGGGGAACAAAACAUCGAAUUUUUGGGACCAUGGCCAGGAAACUCCCCAGACCUUAAUCCCAUUGAGAACUUGUGGUCGAUCCUCAAGAGGCGGGUGGAUAAACAAAAACCCACAUAUACUGACAAACUCCAAGCAUUGAUUAUGCAAGAAUGGGCUGCCAUCAGUCAGGAUGUGGCCCAGAAGUUAAUUGACAGCAUGCCAGUGCUGAUUGCAGAAGUCUUGAAAAAGAAGGGUCAACACUGCAAAAAUUGACUCUUUGCAUAAACUAAAUGUAAUUGUCAAUAAAAGCCUUUGACACUUAUGGAAUGCUUGUAAUUAUACUUCAGUAUACCGUAGUAACAUCUGACAAAAAUAUCUCAUAACACUGAAGCAGCGAACUUUGUGAAGACCAAUACUUGUCAUUCUCAAAACUUUUGACCACAACUGUACAGUGCAUUCGGAAAGUGUUCAGACCCCUUUUUCCUCAUUUUGUUACGUUACAGCCUUAUUCUAAAAUGGAUUAAAAUAAUUUUUUAAAAUCCUCAUCAAUCUACACACAAUACCCCAUAAUGACAAAGCGAAAACAGGUUUUUAGAAAUGUUUGCAAAUGUAUUAAAAAUAAAAAACAGAUUUACAUAAGUAUUCAGACCCUUUGCUAUGAGACUCGAAAUUGAGCUCAGGUGCAUCCUGUUUCCAUUUAUCAUUAUUGAGAUGUUUCUACAACUUGAUUGGAGUCCACCUGUGGUAAAUUCACUUGAUUGGACAUGAUUUGGAAGGGCACCCACCUGUCUAUAUAAGGUCCCACAGUUGACAGUGCAUGUCAGAGCAAAAACCAAGCCAUGAGGUCGAAGGAAUUGUCCGUAGAGCUCCGAGACAGGAUUGUGUCGAGGCACAGCUCUGGGGAAGGGUACCAAAACAUUUCUGCAGCAUUGAAGGUCCCCAAGAACACAGAGCUGGCCGCCAGGCCAAACUGAAUAAUCGGGGGAGAAGGGCUUUGGUCAGGGAGGUGACCAAGAACCCGAUGGUCACUCUGACAGAGCUCCAGAGUUCCUCUGUGGAGAUGGGAGAACCUUCCAGAAGGACAACCAUCUCUGCAGCACUCCACCAUUCAGGCCUUUAUGGUAGUGGCCAGACGGAAGCCACUCUUCAGUAAAAAGCACAUGAGAGGCCGCUUGGAAUUUGCAGAAAGGCAUCUAAAGGACUCUGACCAUGAGACACAAGAUUCACUGGUCUGAUUAAACUAAGAUUCAACUCUUUGGCCUGAAUGCCAAGUGUCAUGUCUGGAGGAAACCUGGCACCAUCCCUACGUUGAAGCAUGGUGGUGGCAUCAUCAUGCUGUGGGGAUGUUUUUCAGCAGCAGGGACUGGGAGACUAGUCAGGAUCGAGGGGAAAGAUGAAGGGAGCAAAGUACAGAGAGAUCCUUGAUGAAAACCUGCUCCAGAGUGCUCAGUUCACCUUCCAACAUGACAACGACCCUAAGCACACAGCCAAGACAACGCAGGAGUGGCUUCGGGACAAGUCUCUGAAUGUCCUUGAGUGGCCGAGCCAGAGCCUGGACUUGAACCCGAUUGAACAUCUCUGGAGAAACCUGAAAAUAACUAUGCAGCGACGCUCCCCAUCCAACCUGACAGAGCUUGAUAGGAUCUGCAGAGAAGAAUGGGAGAAACUCUCCAAAUACAAGUGUGCCAAGCUUGUAGCAUCAUACCCAAGAAGAUGAUGAUCGCUGCCAAAGCUGCUUCAACAGAGUACUGAGUAAAGUGUCUGAAUACUUACAGUACCAGUCAAAAGUUUGGACACACCUACUCAUUCAAGGGUUUUUCUUUAUUUUUUACUAUUUUCUACAUUGUAGAAUAAUAGUGAAGACAUCAAAACUAUGAAAUAACACAUAUGGAAUCAUGUAGUAACCAAAAAAGUGUUAAACAAAUCAAAAUAUAUUUGAGAUUCUUCAAAGUAGCCACCCUUUGCAUUGAUGACAGCUUUGCACACUCUUGGAAUGCUUUUCCAACAACUUGAAGUAGUUCCCACAUAUGCUGAGCACUUGUUGGCUGCUUUUCCUUCACUCUGCGGUCCAACUCAUCCCAAACCAUCUCAAUUGGGUUGAGGUCAGGUGAUUUUGGAGGCCAGGUCAUCUGAUGCAGCUCUCCUUCUUGGUCAAAUAGCCCUUACACAGCCUGGAGGUGUGUUGGGUCAUUGUCCUGUUGAAAAACAAAUUAUAGUCCCACUAAGCGCACACAGAUGGGAUGGCGUAUCGCUGUUGUAGCCAAAUUUCUUCAACCAACCUCUGCUGUCUCCUGAAGUCCACGAUCAGCCCCUUUGGGUUUGUUUAAAUUGAGGGAGAGGUUAUUUUCCUGGCACCACUCCGCCAGGGCCCUCACCUCAUCCCUGUAGGCUGUCUUGACAUUGUUGGUAAUCAGGCCUACUACUGUUGUGUCGUCCGCAAACUUGAUGAUUGAAUUGGAAACGUGCCUGGCCACGCAGUCAUGGGUGUAUUGGAGGGGGCUGAGCAUGCACCCUUGUGGGGCCCCUGUGUUGAGGAUCAGCGUAGUGGAGAUGUUGUUGCCUACCUUCACCACUUGGGGGCGGCCCGUCAAGAAGUCCAGGACCCAGUUGCACGGGGCGGCGUUCAGAUCCAGGGCCCCAAGCUUAAUGAUGAGCUUGGAGGGUACUACAGUUGAAGUCGGAAGUUUACAUACACCUUAGCGAAAUACAUUAAAACUCAGUUUUUCACAAUUCCUGCCAUUUAAUCCUAGUAAAAAUUCCCUUUCAUAGGGCAGUUAGGAUCACCACUUUAUUGUCCAUUUGGAAGACCCAUUUGCGACCAAGCUUUAACUUCCUGACUGAUGUCUUGAGAUGUUGCUACAAUAUAUCCACAUAAUUUUCCUUCCUCAUGAUGCCAUCUAUUUUGUGAAGUGCACCAGUCCCUCCUGCAGCAAAGCACCCCCACAGCAUGAUGCUGCCACCCCCGUGCUUCACGGUUGGGAUGGUGUUCUUCGGCUUGCAAGCGUCCCCCUUUUUCCUCCAAACAUAAUGAUGGUCAUUAUGGCCAAACAGUUCUAUUUUUGUUUAAUCAGACCACAGGACAUUUCUCCAAAAAGUACGAUCUUUGUCCCCAUGUGCAGUUGCAAACCGUAGUCUGGCUUUUUUAUGGCGGUUUUGGAGCAGCAGCUUUUUUCUUGCUGAGCGGCCUUUCAGGUUAUGUCGAUAUAGGACUCGUUUUACUGUGGAUAUAGAUACUUUUGUAUCUGUUUCCUCCAGCAUCUUGACAAGGUCCUUUGCUGUUGUUCUGAGAUUGAUUUGCACUUUUCGCACCAAAUUACGUUAAUCUCUAGGAGACAGAACGCAUCUCCUUCCUGAGCGGUAUGACGGCUGCAUGGUCCCAUGGUGUUUAUACUUGCGUACUAUUGUUUGUACAGAUGAACCUUCAGGCAUUUGGAAAUUGCUCCCAAGGAUGAACCAGACUUGUGGAGGUCUACAACUUUUUUUCUGAGGUCUUGGCUGAUUUCUUUUGAUUUUCCCAUGAUGUCAAGCAAAGAGGCACUGAGUUUGAAGGUAGGCCUUGAAAUACAUCCACAGGUACACCUCCAGUUGACUCAAAUUAUGUCAAUUAGCCUAUCAGAAGCUUCUAAAGCCAUGACAUAAUUUUCUGGAAUUUUCCAAGCUGUUUAAAGGCACAGUGAACUUAGUGUAUGUAAACUUCUGACCCACUGGAAUUGUGAUACAGUGAAUUAUAAGUGAAAUAAUCUGUAAACAAUUGUUGGAAAAAUUACUUGUGUCAUGCACAAAGUAGAUGUCCUAACCGACUUGCCAAAACGAUAGUUUGUUAACAAGAAAUGUGUGGAGUGCUUGAAAAACAAGUUUUAAUGACUCCAACCUAAGUGUAUGUAAACUUCCAACUUCAACUGUAUGUAGUGUUUGACCCUCGUCUGGCCACAUCGUUUAGUGUGCGCACCACUACGUUGGCAAGACAAAAAAAAAAACAGGAAAGACGUUGUUUAACGUGAGAGGGUCAGAGAUGUUAGGAUUUUGAAAGUCGUGUAGUGUACACCCGGCUUUAGGCAAUACACUCUACCAGGAUACAUUUCUACACACCCUCCCCCAGGUGGCAGCACCAACCAGGUUACAGACCAGGUAACUAGGCCUAAGACCCCUAGAAAUAACGGGUGCAGCAAAAUCAGUAGGUUGGUUAUUGGUUUCGUAACAGUAAGACUAGACUUGCGCUCUCUCCAUUUUCCUUUUUAAAGCAACCUCGACCUAAAGGAAAGUUAAGACAUUGCACACAGUAUACAGUAUAUGCUUAGCCAUGCUUUGUGCUGCAAUACAUUGUAGUGAUCUGAACUUUGUCCUGUUCCAACUUAGCAUUUCAUUCCAUCUCAUGCUUUAGUCAAAGCAGUGGUGCUUGUGUUCUAUACUAAUUAGCUCCCUUAAUACCCUGCUCAACCUGCAUCCAUCAACCUUUGGCCUGGUUCUGUAGGGCAACACUGCAUGGAUACCCCACGUGCUGUUUCAUUAUCAGAUUGUGAAAUAGCUUCACCAGCAUUUCCCCCUCCAACUGCAUAAUUUGUUUAUCUCCAAUGAUGACUUAUUUAUUUGAUUUGUUUACCUCAUUAUGGUUGUUGACAAUAAAAACAAACAAAAAAGGCUUUGUUUUGAAUGACUUCUGACCAGACUGUGCCAUUGUUCCAUCAGAAGAGACCACUGCACCACUCAACAGCCGAUCCAAACAGUAGAAGUGGAGAGUAUCAUUCUCACCUGUCCAGAGAGCCCAGGUAAGACGAGGCACGCACUGCCCUUACGUUCACUGCACUUGUAGAUACUGAUAUAUAUUAUAGCAUCAUUUUAUAUGUGGAGGCAGUGUACUACCAAGAUGGUGUGGGUAAAUGCUGCUUUCAGGAUGUGAUGUGGGACGGUAAGUGGUGGUGGGGAAUAGAGGACGGUGUGUGCAGUCUCAAUCUGAGGUAGUCUCAAAGCAUGGUUUCCUAUGUAGACACAGUGUACUGUACUAAGGUGGUUAAAUGCUAGUAUCCUGAUGUAAUGUGGGACUUGGUACUAGGUGGUAGAGGGAAUAGUGGACGGUGUGUGGCUGUGCAGUUUGUCUCUAGCAGCGAAAUCCUUGGCGGAGUCAGUCUGUGGUGCCUGGAGGGCAGUAGAUCUGGGCUGAGCCUCCUGCCUGUCUGCCUAAGGGGGAUUGCAUCAGGCCUUGCAGAUUAAUCCGCCCGCAAAGCUCCUCUGAGAGGAAGGCGUGAGAGCGAGUGAGUCUGGCUGCCACAGAUGAGCAUGGAGAGGACAGAAGCACACACAGGCAGUCCGGCUAAUAAAGCACACUGUGGCCCAGCCAACUGACUCCGGCACAGGAAUGAUGAUGAUCACGUGGUGCAGCGAGGUGACCUUGAAACACUGGAACACUGCAGCUGUGUGAAACUUCCCCACGGCUAACUUUCUCCACUAUAUGAUAUUUUUUGGUUUGUGUUGAAGAUGAGGCUGAUUCUCAACACAAUCAGUCGUUAAUGCAUACUGUACAUGACAGCUGAAUGUUUCCUUUCCAUGUUCUCUUUUAUUCUCUUUUAAGCCAAUGACAACGUGAGCAUCAAACGGCGUGCCCAGCAGCACAGUCGGAGACCCUCGCUGGAGGGCUGUUGUAGCUUUCCCUCGCAGGUUCAGACAGAGGAGGUAAGAGCAGUAUGCACUCACGUCGUCAUCUGGGUCCGUAUUCAUAAAACAUAUCGUUGUAGGAGUGCUGAUCUAGGAAAUGUUUUGCCUUUUACACCAUAAUGGAUAUGUUUAUAUGGACAGGGGGGACCUGAUCCUAGGUCAGCACUCCUACUCUGAGAUGCUUUAUGGAUAUGCCAGGCCCUGAAGGUGAAAAAGGACCUGUGCUGGCUGGGCGAGUCUAUGGCUCUAGGAUCAUCUACUGGUUAGUGUUUACCAUGAUGGAGCCUUUUCUAUGAGAGGACUGUAACCCUGCUGGACUGUAGUUACUGCUACUCCCCUCUGGGCCUCUCUCUCUCUCUCUGGCCUCUGAUCUCCCCUCUGGGCCUCUCUCUCUCUGGUCUCUGAUCUCCCCUCUGGGUCUCUCUCUCUGGUCUCUGAUCUCCCCUCUGGGCCUCUCUCUCUCUCUCUGGGUCUCUCUCUCUGGUCUCUGAUCUCCCCUCUGGGUCUCUCUCUCUGGUCUCUGAUCUCCCCUCUGGGUCUCUCUCUCUGGUCUCUGAUCUCCCCUCUGGGUCUCUCUCUCUGGCCUCUGAUCUCCCCUCUGGGCCUCUCUCUCUCUGGCCUCUGAUCUCCCCUCUGGGUCUCUCUCUCUGGCCUCUGAUCUCCCCUCUGGGCCUCUCUCUCUCUGGUCUCUGAUCUCCCCUCUGGGUCUCUCUCUCUGGCCUCUGAUCUCCCCUCUGGGCCUCUCUCUCUCUGGUCUCUGAUCUCCCCUCUGGGUCUCUCUCUCUGGCCUCUGAUCUCCCCUCUGGGCCUCUCUCUCUCUGGUCUCUGAUCUCCCCUCUGGGUCUCUCUCUCUGGCCUCUGAUCUCCCCUCUGGGCCUCUCUCUCUCUGGGCUCUGAUCUCGCUAGUCCACUAGCAAACCAUCCAGCCUGUUCCUUCCUGUUCCUUCCAUACCUGUUAGUGUUGUGGCUAGAGAUCCUAUGAAUAACUGAAUAGAAAUAAGCAUACUUUAGUGUUGUGGCUAGAGCUAGAGAUCCUAUGAAUAACUGAAUAGAAAGAAGCAUAUUUUUUACAAUUUAAACCAAAAAGAGCUAUUCGGCUUUAAGACGAUACCCCUGAACGAUUUAGCAAUGAUGUUGACGAAUGUCAGAAGAAAAUACAAAUAAUGGAAAUGUAGCCUACUUGCUGCUGAAAUGUAAUUAUCUCCACUUUGUCUGCAGCCCCUAAAUCCAAAAAGGUACCACACAGUGUGCGGGAAGUGUAGCAAAUCCAGUGAAAACCACAGCACGUGUGAACACUGUGGGAACCCCUUCAUGCCGGAGGUUCCCCACCUCCACCACCCCCCAGCAGCCCAGCCUACGUCCCCCAUGCCCAGACCCCCCAUUCGACCUCAUCCUCAGCACUCCCAUCAACACCCCUCCCCAGGACCAAACAGUCGACAGCUGACCAAGAACAACUCCUACGUUUCGUCCUCGACCAUGAGGGCGCCGGCGCUGCGUGUGGACACAGUGAUGAACCCGCCCAUCCCGGUACGCAUCACCACCCGGGCCGGCCUGCCGCUGCCACACAACGGGAGACCCGCGGGGGCGGGGCUGGUGGGGAGCUGCUGCGCCGGGAAAGUCGCCGGUAACAAAGGCAGGAGGACGGCGGCCGCCAAGCAGCACGAGCUCAACGACCCCAGUAAGUCCACUGUCCAGGUAUGCAUCCCAAAUUGCACCCUAUUCCCUUUAGUGCUCUGGUCAAAAGUAGUGCACUAUGUAGGGAAUAGGGUGUCAUGUGGGAUACACACCUGGCCUGCUCAGUACUCACUCUUCACCUGCCUCUGUGCUGGUUAGUCUCAGGGUUUACUGCAGGCAGGCGUUUGCACUGCAGGACAUGUGUAAUGUCUCUGUGAGAGGUAGUACACUACAGAAAUGGUUCAUUUCAACCAACUGCACAGGAUGUUCUUGGUAACCAACCACACAGCUCAAAACCACUAGCACCUGUCUGUACAUCUUAGCUCUCGCUGUCAGAACUGUUAGCAAACGAAGGCCACAUUUCAGGAUGUAAAUCCCAUCUUGUUGAAAUAAUUUAUUCAGCUGUGACACGUCAGGAAAUGAUUGCUGUAAUGUUUCUGUUCCAGUCGUGCUGUCCAGUGACGAGGAUGAGGUGGACAACACCAGCACGGGCAGCGUAAAUAGGCUGGACAGCGUGUCCCCUCGGCCCGCUGACUCGGCCCACUCCUCACCGGCGCCCUCCGGAGGCAGAGUGGAGGCAGCAGUGAAGAGUAGCGCAGGAGGGGAGCAGGAGGAGAUCACUUCUGACUUCUUCGCCGACGUCGACAGCAGAAUUUCACUACCCAGAAGGAACCGCAUGAAAGAUAAGGUAUGUCGUCUUUUAAACAUAUAUUUGUAAGUAUUUUUCAUUUUAUUUAGACAGGGAUAGCAUGAAGUGAGUAGUCUCGGCCGGGAUUCCUAUCCAUGCUGGGGUGGUGUUGCAGGCGGCCCACAUUAUCCUCUACAACAGCCUCUGUGUAUAGGGUGGUACUUGUGUAGACUCGUAAUUAAAUGUUGUUGAUCCCUCAAAGCUUUUUCAUCAGUUUUCCUCAAUUCUAGGCUACAUUAUGUAAACGGACCUGUCUAUAGUGAGCCAGUCUUGUAGUGAGCUGUUUUGGCACAUUUCAGUCUGACUUUAUUGAGUCUGUCUGUCAAAAUGUCCUUGAACAUAAUGUUCCUGAUCCGCUCUCUCAAGGUAACCUUGUGGGUUGUUUUGCUUGGCAGAAAAUGACAUCACUGGGUGUUUUUGUAUUCACCAUGAUGGGCUCUGUUGGCAGCUGUUGUGACUAAUGAUUUAAGUCUCCUCAUUUACUUUUUGUGUGAUCAGGGUCGUAAAGUUUACCUUUGAGAAAACAUAGUGCUCCCGAUAUUUAGCUUGCAAACUAAUUGGGCAGUUGAAUCCAAAUGCCCAGUUGAUGAAGAAUCUGGGGGUGUUGGCCAGACAUCUACUGUACAUGACUUGUUCCUCAGAGGAAUUAAUGAUAUGAAGCAACAGGUUUCAAGGCUGACAAUGUGUGUUUUUUUCAGUUUGGAAACCAAAUGCCGGACGACUCUACACCCAGGAAAAAACAGAGGAUCUCUCCCGACAAGUUGGACAGCAUCAUCCUGGACUGUCGGAGUGUGAGAGUAGGGACUCUUCGCAGGAUGGUGACCAAGCCUGUCAAUGUAAGUACUCUGCUCCUGUGCUCUCUCCAUACAGACACUCAUACUUACCGAAAAUCUUGCCAAAAACAAUAGCCUAUCAGGGUUUUUUCUGGAUCAAAAAGGGGCUUAGGUGGUGGGCUUGGUAGGAGGUGUGGCAAUGAGCGCGGUUGGACGUUGGUGUAGCUACAUUUUUAUAGAACAUUUUAAGAGGCCCCCAUCCUGCAAUUCUACACAAUUCUCCAUGGAGCUGAGAGAAAAUGUUCUAUGUUCUAGUUUAAAAGCUCAUUUCCUGUGAUUCUACAUAUAUCGAGCUGAGAGAGAAUUGUACAGUUUUAAAGCUAAUUUCCUGCAAUUCUAUGAAUUUCCCAUGAAUAAUGCUGUUCUUUUUCUCAAAAAUAACAAAAUGAAUACUGCUAUUUAAAAAAUAUAUAUAUUAUUAUUUUAUUUUUAUUCCCUGACACUCUAGCAUACUGUCAUCAUUCAACCAUCUUUUUGUCUUUCAGUUUACGGUCGAUCACAUUCAACUUGAAACUGAAGGUAGGAGACAACAAGAAUGUCAGAUGUCCUAUAAAUGUUUUCCUCUGCUCUCAAAGGACAACAUAUUGUAGAUAGAUUAGACAGUGUUGUACAGUAUGUAGGGUUGGAAAAUUACAAAACAUUUCCUAAAAUUCCCAGGUUUUCUAGAAAUCGUGGCUGGAGGAUUCUGGAUUUCCUGCUUAUUCCCACCUGUUUACGGGAAUUUUCCAACCAGGAUUUCUGGAGAGCUUGGGAAUUUUGGAAAAGUUGCUGGAAUUGAUCAAACCUAACAGUAUGUGACGUAAUAGUGCUUUGUGUCCCAGGUCCUGAGGUGGAUGCUCUGGAGAAGGUGCGUCUGCGCGCGUCGGAGCUGAUCAGCUGUGAGUGGUGCAGCGUGAAGAAGCUGCCCGUUCUCUUCUUCCAGACCAGCCCCGAGGAAUGUCUGCGGCUCCGCACCCAGCUCAAGAUGACCCGAGACAAGAGAGGCCUGUGCUGGUACGACUGUGCUGGCAACGGUGAGGACUGCAGACACUACAUACAGAUGUCAAUCAAACUGAAGAACCCAUGCCAGGUGCAACAGCAGUAGUCUGUACAUAGAUGGAUGAACACAAGCCUUUGUUUGGAGGAGCCUUUCUAUGACAUGUCAUUUUUUGCUAAAUAAAGCAAGUCUGUUAUCUCACGGUCAACAAAAUGUCAAGAAGUUUCCCUUCUGUCCUCAGACUCCGAUGAGAAGUACAUUGUGCUGAUCUUUGAGAACGGGCUGUCAAUGCACCAGCAGAUGAUUCUAGAGGAGAUCCUACAGGAGAUCGGCCGAGCCAACAACCUCAAUGAGUUCCCCACCAAACUGUCGUUUGAUGAAGCUAACAUCAGAUUGGUCAACUACAACAAAGCAACAAAAGAAAAGGUGGGCCUGCUUAUUCCCUCCUGUUUCCGGGAAUCUUCCAACCAGGAUUUCUGGAGAGCUUGGGAAUUUUGGAAAAGUUGCUGGAAUUUAUCAAACCUCACAGUAUGUGACGGAAUAGUGCUUUGUGUCCCAGGUCCUGAAGAUUAGCAUCUUAGAGCCUUUUGAGACUAGCUACCAAAAUAUAUGUUGCCGGUGUUGCUUUUCAUAGACAUCUGAUUUUCAACAAAUAGUUUAUUUUGAACAAUCUCUUGACCAAGAUAUUUUGGUUGCAUCCCUUUCUUGUAGGUAAACAACAAAAACAACAGCACUAAAACCAACACACCGGCUCCAAUGGUGCGAACGCGCAUGGCCACACGACAGCAGACCAGCACGUUCUUUGAUGAUGACGACGAUGACAUGGCUGAGCUCCAACCCACCUUCACUGGACCAAUCGUAAAGUACGAGGGUUAUCUAUCUCCUACUCCUGGGUCAUGUUCAGUAGGCACCAAUCAGAAGAAAAUUGACUGAAACAGGGAGAGACUAUCUGCAACACUUGUUUUCGUUUUCUGAUGCAAACCAUUUUGCUUCGUUGUACCCUAAUGAAUAGAACCCUUUCAUCUUAAGUACAAUUCUGUGUUUGUUCCUGAUGGUUUAAUCAUUGGAUGGUUGUGUUGUAGGUUGAUGGUGUACCCACCUCCUCCGGCCAAGGGGGGCAUAUCGGUGACUAAUGAAGACCUCCACUGCCUUAACGAUGGAGAAUUCCUAAACGACGUCAUCAUAGACUUUUAUUUAAAGUUGGUGGAAUUUGCUUUCCAUUGUCUAUUUUCCAUUGUAUAUUUUCUGUUGUCUUUAAAGUCACAUUCUUGGUUUGAUAUUCUAUAGAAACAGUGCUUGCUUUUGUUACAUAUAAGGGAAAUUGACCAACCUAUGUGUGUAUCUUCCCUUUACUUAGAUAUUUAGUUUUGGAGAAGUUGAAAAAAGAAGACUCACAAAGGAGUCACGUGUUUAGCUCUUUCUUUUACAAGAGACUCAACCAGAAAGAGAGGAGAAACGUCCCAGACACGACUAACCUACCGUGAGUCUCCUCUUCUCUGCCCAGUGAUAUGAGGGGCAACACAUUUCACAAAGAAUUCAGUUAAGACAGUAAAUACCAACAACAUGUUUCUUCUUUGCUGGUUGUCAGGAUGCAGAAGAGGAAGCACAACAGGGUGAAGACAUGGACCAGACAUGUAGACCUGUUCCAAAAGGACUUUGUCUUUGUUCCCAUCAAUGAGUCGUAAGUUACUGUCUCUCUAAAUAUCCCUGUUUGCGUCCUAAAUGGCACCCUAUUCCCUAUAUAGUGCACACAUUUUUAUAUAGUGCACUACUUUACAAAAGUAGUGCACUUUAUAGGGCUCUGGUUAAAAUAAGUUCACUAUUUAGGGUAUAUGGUGGCAUUUGGGAUGCACAAUCUAUCCACAUGGAAUUUCAUUCAAGUCUCAAAGGGAUACUUCGGGAUUUUGGCAAUGGAGUCGUGGAUACCACUUUUAUGUCUCUGCAUCCAGUAUGAAGGAAGUUGGAGGUAGUUUCAUGAGCCAAUGCUAACUACAGUGCAUUCGGAAAGUAUUCAGACCCCUUGACUUUUUCCACAUUUUGUUACGUUACAGCCUUAUUCAAAAAUUGAUUAAAUAUAUAUUUUUAUCAAUCUACACACAAUACCCCAUAAUGACAAAGCGAAAACAGGUUUUUAGAAACCACUGCAGGUAAUUCAAUACAAUUCGGAAAGUAUUUAGACCCCUUCCCUUUUUCUACAUUUUGUUAUGUUACAGCCUUAUUCUAAAAUGGAUAAAAAUGGAUAAUAAUCCUGAUCUACACACAAUAUUCUAUAAUGACAAAGCGAAACACUGGUUUUUAGAAAUGUUUGCAAAUGUAUUAAAAAUAAAAAAACGGAUACCUUAUUUACAUAAGUAUUCAGACCAUUUGCGAUGAGACUUGAAAUUGAGCUUAGGUGCAUCCUGUUUCCAUUGAUCAUCCUUGAGAUGUUUCUACAACUUCAUUGGAGUCCACCUGUGGUAAAUUCAAUUGAUUGGACAUGAUUUGGAAAGGUACACACCUUUCUAUAUAAGGUCCCACAGUUGACAGUGCAUGUCAGAGCAAAACCAAGCCAUGAGGUUGAAGGAAUUGUCCGUAGAGCUCCGAAACAGGAUUGUGUCGAGGCACAGAUCUGGGGAAGGGUACCAAAACAUUUCUGCAGCAUUGAAGGUCCCCAAGAACACAGUGGCCUCCGUCAUUCUUAAAUGGAAGAAGUUUUGGACCACCAAGACUCUUCCUAGAGCUGGUCGCCCAGCCAAACGGAGCAAUCGGGGGAGAAGGGCCUUGGUCAGGGAGGUGACCAAGAACCCGAUGGUCACUCUGACAGAGUUCCUCUGUGGAGAUUGGAGAACCUUCCAGAAGGACAACCAUCUCUGCAGCACCACCAAUCAGGCCUUCAUGGUAGAGUGGCCAGGCGGAAGCCACUCCUCAGUAAAAGGCACAUGACAGCCCGCUUGGAGUUUGCCAAAAGGCACCUAAAGACUCUCAGAUCAUGAGGAACAAGAUUCUCUGGUCUAAUGAAACCAAGAUUGAACCAUCUUUGGCCUGAAUGCCAAGCAUCACGUCAGGAGGAAACCUGGCACCAUUCCUACGUUGAAGCAUGGUGGUGGCAGCAUCAUGCUGUGGGGGUGUUUUUCAGCGGCAGGGACUGGGAGACUAGUCAGGAUCGAGGGAAAGAUGAACGGAGCAAAGUACAGAGCGAUCCUUGAUGAAAACCUGCUCCAGAGCGCUCAGGACCUCCGACUGGGGUGAAGGUUCACCUUCCAACAGGACAACGACCCUAAGCACAAAGCCAAGACAACGCAGGAGUGGCUUCGGGCCAAGUCUCUGAAUGUCCUUGAGUGGCCCAGCCAGAGCCCGAACUUGAACCCAAUCAAACAUCUCUGGAGAAACGUGAAACUUGCUGUGCAGCGACGCUCCCCAAUCAACCUGACAGAGCUUGAGAGGAUCUGCAGAGAAGAAUGUGUCGUGUCGUGACUUACUUUAAUGUAUUGACUGUUAUUUAUCUAAAUACAAAUGCUUGAAACCCCACUAAAUGCUCAUUCGGAUUAGAAAUGCAACAUGUAGCAGUCCUCGAUAGUUGAGUUGAUGAUGUAGGACUCUGGUUUGCCCACUAGAGAUCCCAAUGUCCUUGGUAGGGUUUCUGGUCGUAGUGGUGGUUAGAAUGGAUACUUCAGCGUACCCUGUAGUUCGUAGAGUUGAUCUGUUAUAUAUAUAUACUUCAGAUGUACCAGUGGUUGUCGGAGAGGGAUGGUCCUUCCCAAUUCGUGUCUUUAGUGAAAGUUUUCUAGAUGACUAUACAUUCCAGCUGCAGACUUGAGAUGAUAAGGUUUAGUGCAAUGUCUUCUUCUUCACCUCGUGUAGAGGUUGAGCGUUUCAGAGUUUCUCCAUUUCAAACUUGUGUACUAACGUCUCACGUUUUCUGGUCUUUCUGGUCUAACCAUUUUGUAACGUGUAGCUUCAGCUUCACGCUUCUUGGUCUUGUAGAAAUUCAACCAUUUGCAACAUCCGGUUAUACUGUAGUAUGCUUGGUCUUCCUUUGGUAAUGGAGUUGUAGUUUUAAACCAUUUUGUAACGUUUAGCUCACGCUUCACGUCUGCUGGUCUAAUGUUAAUUAGUUUUUCAAGGCUUUUUAUGCACUCAGGGUAAAAGGGUCAUUCUAUCAUGUUUGUGCUCAUCUGGGCGUGGCCACUGACUGAGAACAAAUCAAUAUGGAAAACAAUCAUCUCAUCUAGAAUUUACGACCGGUCAUAAAACUGGCCCCCAGCCGGCAUCUUUGAUCCUCAGCCCAUGAGGGCAAGUCAUGACAAAUGGGAGAAACUCCCCAAAUACAGGUGUGCCAAGCUUGUAGCGUCGUACCCAAGAAGACUUGAGGCUGUAAUCGCUGCCAAAGGUGCUUAAACAAAGUACUGAGUAAAGGUUCUGAAUACUUAUGUAAAUGUGAUAUUUCAUUGUAUUAUUAUUUUUUAUAAAUUUGCAAACAUUUCUAAAAACCUGUUUUUGCUUUGUCAUUAUGGGGUAUUAUGUGUGGAUUGAGGAGGGGGGGGGAACAAUUUCAUCCAUUUUAGAAUAAUGCUGUAACGUCACAAAAUGUGGAAAACGUCAAGGGGUCUGAAUACUUUCCGAAUGCACUGUAGUGUUAGCAACUUCCUUCAAACUGCACGCAGAGAUAUAAAAAUGGUAUCCACGAGUUAAUCUAACUCUAGGGAAGUAGAUAAAUGGCUUCAUUGCCAAAAUCUUGAAGUAUCCCUUUAAGCAUUUACUUGAAGUGCAGUGAUGAAGGCAAACAUAUUUGUUAUUUUGUAUCAGUAUAAGAUACAAUGUAAGACAGAGAUGGUAAACCUAAUUCUCUUUCUCAACCAAACCCAUUGCUCUCUCUGUGUUUCAGAGCCCACUGGUACUUGGCAGUGAUCUGUUUCCCAGGGAUGCAGGGCCCUCAGUUUGAGCCCAACCCUUUGUACCAGGCCCCAGGGCUAGCACAGACACAGUCAGCCCCCCAGGGCAGGCCCCCUGACCACUGCCGGCCACUCUCCCCAGAGCCAGACUACUGUGAGCCCCCAGGCAGAGAGGAACCCUUGGCCCCCUCAGAGAAGCUGUCCCUCAGUGCCACAGAGGCCUCCUCGGAAGGACACUCCCACAGCGAGCAGCCAAAGGGGGCGUUCACCUGUCCCAAUGGUGGCCAAGAGCAUCCCAAGACCGCUGGAGCCAGGAUGAAUGGGCUGGUCAACGUCCAGCCACAGUGCACAGGUGAGCCGCAAACACUGUGACUACUUGCAAGUAGCAUUUCAUUGCACUGUGUACACUACACUGUAUCCUGUGCAUAUGGCAAAUAAACGUUGAUGUCUUAGAAGCUGUGUGGAAACUGAUGGAUGAAGAGUCAGUGAUCUCACUGGCUUUUGAAUCGUGGUUUGCAGAUGGCUUGCACAGAAUCAGUUUGUGUUACGGAUCAGGUGGUGGCAAUGGUGAUGACACAGAUACCUUUUCUGAUGACCAAAGCUCCUGUCAGGUAACGGGGGAAUUUGAUAUUCUGUUUGGUGACAUAGCAGAUUAAGUGAAAUGAAUGUUAUGUGUACAUUUGUUUAGCUCUUUCUUUUUUUGUCUAGGAUGAGUGCAGUGAGGACGGUGCACUUACAGAAGACCUGGUACCCCCUGAGAGCUCAGAGUGGACGUCAAAACCCACCAUCUGUAAACAGUGAGUAGGAGAGGAUGUUCUACCAUUCUUGUGCCAGUAGAGGGUGCUAUUGCUCUCCUGACACGUUUGUGGAUAGUGUAAUUUGAGGUGAAUGUCAAUGAAUAUUUACCUCAGAAUUACAAUAUUUUAGGCAUUUUCUAAGUGAUUUGUUUGUUUUCUCAGGCCUUGUAUUCUCAUCAUGGACUCGUUACGUGGCCCGGCCAGAUCUUCUGUAAUUAAAACAUUACGAGAGUAAGUCAAUACUUUCAUACUGUUCUGAAUAUUGUAGAUUUAGUUCGCCUAAUUAGCACAAAAAAGCAAACCUUCCCAAGCCAUUUAUAUUUUGUGUUUGUGUGUGUAACUGCAGGUACCUGGAGGUGGAGUGGGAGGUGAGGAAAGGAAGUCGGAGGAGUUUUGGGAGGGAUCAGAUGAAGGGUUCUAGCCCACAUGUGCCUCAGCAGGACAACUUCAGCGACUGUGGAGUCUACAUUCUGCAGUAUGUGGAGAGCUUCUUUGAGGUGAGAGCAGAAGCUGAAGCGAUACAACCAGUGGACACACACACCAGUGCAGUGUCUACUGUAACUGAGACACCUGGAGCCAUAUAAUGGGAUGUAGGCCAUUAGCACAGUGUUGCUGUGUUUAGGUUGUCUUUUUAAAUUGCCAAUGUUUUCAGUAUUUAGUGAAGUAAUUACUUGUAGCAGACUCACCUUACCAUUGAUCCUGUUGGGAUAAAUAGUUGUACAGUGCAUUCGGAAAGUAUUCAGACCCCUUGACUUUUCCCACAUUGUUACGUUACAGCCUUAUUCUAAAAUGGAUGAAAUCGUUUUUUUCCCUCCCCAAUCUACACACAAUACCCCAGAAUGACAAAGCAAAAACAGGUCUUUUUGCAAAUGUAUAAAACAAACCCAAAGGAUAUCACAUUGGAAUAAGUAUUCAGACCCUUUACUCAGUACUUUGUUGAAGCACCUUUGGCAGCGAUUACAGCCUUGAGUCUUCUUGGGUAUGAUGCUACAAGCUUGGCACACCUGUAUUUGGGGAGUUUCUCCCAUUCUUCCUCUGCAGAUCCUCUCAAGCUCUGUCAGGCUGGAUGGGGAGCAUCGCUGCACAGCUAUUUUCAGGUCUCUCCAGAGAUGUUCGAUCGGGUUCAAGUCCCAGUCUGAGGUCCUGAGCGUUCUGGAGCAGGUUUUCAUCAAGGAUCUCACUGUACUUUGCUCUGUUCAUCUUUCCCUCGAUCCUGACUAGUCUCCCAGUCCCUGCCGAUGAAAAACAUCCCAAACAGCAUGAUGGUGCCAGGUUUCCUCCAGAUGUGACGCUUGGCAUUCAGGCCAAGGAGUUCAAUCUUGGUUUCAUCAGACCAGAGAAUCUUGUUUCUCAUGGUCUGAGAGUCCUUUAGGUGCCUUUUGGCAAACUCUAAUUGGGCUGUCAUGUGCCUUUUUUACUGAGGAGUGGCUUCCGUCAGGCCAACAUAAAGGCCUGAUUGGCGGAGUGCUGCAGAGAUGGUUGUCCUUCUGGAAGGUUCUCCAAUCUCCACAGAGGAACUCUGGAGCUCUGUCAGAGUGGCAAUAGGGUUCUUGGUUACCUGCCUGACCAAGGCCCUUCUCCCCCGAUUGCUGAAUUUGGCCAGGCGGCCAACUCUAGGAAGAGUCUUGGUGGUUCCAAACUUCUUCCAUUUAAGAAUGAUGGAGGCUACUGUGUUCUUGGGUACCUUCAAUGCUGCAGAAAUAUUUUGGGACCCUUCCCCAGAUCCGUGCCUCGACAGAAUCCUGUCUCGGAGCUCUACGGACAAUUCCUUCGACCUCAUGGCUUGGUUUUUGCUCUGACAUGCACUGUCAACUGUGGGACCUUAUAUAGACAGGUGGGUGCCUUUCCAAAUCAUGUCCAAUCAAUUGAAUUUACCACAGGUGGACUCCAAUCAAGUUGUAGAAACAUCUCAAGGAUGAUCAAUGGAAACAGGAUGCACCUGAGCUCAAUUUUCGAGUCUCAUAGCAAAGGGUCUGAAUACUUCUUUAAUUAUUUUUUUAUGCAUUUGCAAACAUUUCUAAAAACGUUUUUUCGCUUUGUCAUUAUGGGGUAUUGUGUGUAGAUUGAUCAGGAUAAUAUUUUUUAAAUCCAUUUUAGAAUAAGGCAGUAACAUAACAAAAUGUAGAAAAAGGGAAGGGGUCUGAAUACUUUCUGAAUGCACUGUAUAUUGAAUUGCAUUGAAUUACCUGCAGUAGUUGUUAAUCAAUUGAGCAAUUGCACCGAACCAGGGCUUUAGACUAUUGAUUUGGAAGCUUAAUUUCUACCUUGCACCACUCUGAAAAUAGUACAUUGCUUCGGAUUGAAUCCAAAAUAAUGAUGAUUCUGCACCCCAUUCAGAAUCCACUUACCAGCUUUCAUCUCCCGGUGAACCUGGAGGAAUGGUUCCCGCAGCAACGAAUGAAGACGAAACGCGAAGAGAUCAAGGAGCUCAUCCUUAAGAUCCAAGCCCAACAGGAGAUGAAGGCGGGCCAGGGCUCAGCCAAAUGCUCCCCUGCAGAACAGGAGGUGGGAGAAGAGGAUACAGGGGAAGGUGUAGAGAUUCAGAACCUGCCUGUCAGCCCC